UCAGAGGACUAUUUAAAAGAACCCAUGCAGGCCUGUUGGUGUCUUGACCAAAAGGCUUCUAAAAAGCUGAGUUAAAAGCAAGAGUCAAUCUUCUCUGUGUUGCUAUUCCUGUCUCCAAAAUGUCUAGAGGGAGUUCAUUCUACACUCCAAGCACUUUGCGUUCUUUAGAACAAGAAAGACACCAGAUGAGACUAGCUGCCCCGGUUAUCAGUGGCUACCUGUUGAGAAAAGAGGCCAGGGAGAGAGGGACAUCUACGAGGCAAACUGUAGCAGAACCUCCAAUGGUGUGCCGGGACCUUGUUGUACAAAAUGCCUUGUACACCGGAAAUUUGGAAGCUGUAAAAGAGGUCUUCUCUAAAGGCUUUCCAGCCGACCUGGUCAUUCAACCUCAGGGAGGAGCCAUGCGCUGGGUCACAGAUGGAAAAGUAAGAGGACUGUGGUCAUUGACAUAUGAACAGGAGUUGACCACACCGCUGCACAUCACUGCCGGCAGGGGUUUCACCGAGUGUCUAAGACAUCUUCUCCUGAGGGGUGCUCAAGUGAACCUGGCACCUGGGGGCACCACCGCUCUGCAUGAGGCCUGUGAAGAGUGCCAGCCAGAGUGCGCCAAGCUGUUGCUGCAGUACAGCGCCAAUGCCAACGCAGUGAACGAGGAUGGGCAGAUGCCCCUGCACGUGUGCACUGAGCUCGAGUCACUUGAGUGUGCCAAACAUCUAAUCGCAUUUGGUGCUGUUAUUAACAGCCACAGCUUGGAUGAAAAUAACACGCCCCUCCACGUGGCCGCCCGCCAUGGCCUUCCAGAUCACGUGGAUCUCUACUUACGUCAUGGAGCGGCACUAAACCUACAAAAUGAUGAAGGAAACACGCCGCUCAAUUCUGCCUGUUCCCAACCACAGGACCACGCAUCUCUAGAACGCUACACUCGUGUGUGCCACCUGCUGGUGGCUGCUGGGGCAGACAUACAUAUUAGUGACACGGACAAGCAGACGCCACUGCACAUGGCAUGCAAAAACGUCAACCCUGAUGUGGUAGAUCUACUGCUUCAACACAAUUCCUUGGUCAACGAGAUGGAUUAUGGUGGUGAAGCACCUAUGCAUAAUAUCCUGAAGGGGGUGGCCUAUAAGGUAGACCAUGAGCCCGAGAGGAUUGUACAGGCACUACUCAAUUACGGAUCCAUCAGAGUGUGGCCUGUAGCUCUGCCGAAGGUGCUUAAAUAUUGCUGCACAUCUCCAAGAACAAUAGAGGCUCUCUUAAACGCCUAUGACCGCCUCAAAAUCACUGACGCCUGGGUAGAGGCAGUUCCUCCUGAGGUAUUUCAGAAGCACCGCAAAUUCUACGAAUCCCUGUUUGCACUGACCCAAAUGCCUCGAUCUCUACAGCACUUGGCUCGUCACAGACUCCGAACAUUUCUGGAAGGUCGCUUGCACAGGGUUGUCCCUAAUCUUGAUCUACCGCCUUAUCUUAAAAAUUACCUAAUGCUGGCAUUCAAAGGAUAUAUUCACUGAGAGAGACCAUAAACGUGAGAAUGUCAAAUAUGUAAGUGUGCAGUUAUUGAGUUUUAUACGGUGACCUCUUUCCUUUGGCUAUAUUAAUGGAUAAUAUGGAUGCUGAAAGAGAUAUGCAGUGGGUAUUGUGUAAGAUAAAGCAGUGAUAAAUCUUGUAUUGUGUGUGAUUUUUAAGGAAUUUUGUGGAAAAUGGAAUUGUACCCGGUCUGUUCAGAAGUUCACAUGAAUGGUGAUUUUAGGAAUUCAUUAAAUGGAGGUACUGC